AUGCCUUCAAUCGUGCCAAUCCCCGACUCCCCCAUACGAGAGGACUCAUCAGGCGUGAUAAAGUUCACAAACUGCCUCCUCGUAAAAAACAACGCACUCGUCCCACAAGAUCUCUGGAUAAGUUCCGCGACAGGAAAAAUCCUAAACGGUCAAGAAAUCCUCUACUCAUACCGCACCGCCCCGGAGCAAAUCGUCGACCUAGGCGGCCGCAUCCUCUCCCCCGGCCUCAUCGACACGCAACUAAACGGCGCCUACGGCUUCGACUUCUCCGUAAUCCCCUCAGACCGCGAAGGCGGCGCAUCAGCCUACGCCAAAGGCGUCUCGCGUGUAAACCGGAGUUUAGUAGCAACAGGCGUAACAUCCUACCUACCAACACUCACCUCCCAACUCCCCUCAGUCUACCAAACAGCCCUCCCCUUCCUUGGCCCCUCAGGCACAACGCGCGACGCAACGCUCGGAUCAGAAUCCCUCGGCGCCCACUGCGAAGGCCCCUUCCUCUCCCCCACCAAAAACGGCAUCCACAACACGUCCGUCCUGCGCACCCCAGACGACUCCAUCAGCAGCCUAGAAUCCUGCUACGGGGCCUCGAACCUCACCUCCCCCUCCCCCAUCUCAUUGAUUACCCUCGCCCCCGAACUCCCCGGCGCACUAUCAAGCAUCCCCUCCCUAACCAGCGCCGGCAUCCGCGUCUCAAUCGGGCACUCAGAAGCCACCUACGAAGAAGCGAAAUCCGCGGUAAAAGCCGGAUGCAGUAUGAUAACGCACCUCUUCAACGCCAUGCGGCCCCUCCACCACCGUAACCCUGGUAUCUUCGGUCUGUUGGGCACACCUUCUACCUCAAUCACCAAACCGUAUUUCGGGAUUAUUGCGGAUGGCAUACACCUACACCCCACGUCUAUAAAGAUAGCGUGGAACGCGCAUCCAGACGGGCUGGUGCUGGUGACGGAUGCAAUGAGGUUGGCGGGUAUGCCGGAUGGGACGUAUGAGUGGACGAAUGGGUCCAAGAUUGUUAAACAAGGCGCCCUUCUCACCCUUGAGGAGAACGGGAAGAUUGCGGGGAGUAGCAUUCAGCUUGUGGAUUGCGUUAGUAACUUUUUGAAUUGGACGGGUAGUACGGUGCCGGAGGCGCUGAGGGCGGUUACGGAGACGCCUGCGCGGAUGUUGGGGUUGGAGGGUGUCAAGGGCUGUUUGGAUGAGGGGGCUGAUGCGGAUUUGUGCGUGUUGGAUCUGAAGGAGAUCGAGGGUGGGGAGAAGAGGUUUGUGGUGGAUGAGGUGUGGAAGUUUGGGGUUAGAGUUUUUGAGAGGGGGUUGGAGGCAUGA